AUGACCGGCUUCUGCUGUCGAACCAAGGCCUCUUUCCACACGAUCCCGCGCAGCCGCAACGUCGGCCAGUCGUACAUUUCCUCGAUCUUCACCACCCUCAAUGCUCUGCUCUUCAGCAUUUUCCUCAUUUGGAGCGAGCAGCCCGACAUGCUUGUUUGCAAUGGUCCUGGCACCUGCCUGCCGCUGGUUUUCGUGGCCAAGCUCCUGCGCAUCCUGCACCUGGGCCACUGCCGGGUGGUCUUCGUCGAGAGCGUGGCUCGCGUCAACACCCUCUCCCUGACCGGGCGCAUCUUCUCCACCCUGCGCCUGGCUGACCGCUUUGUUGUUCAUUGGGCCCAGCUGGCUGGUCCGAACAGCAACAUCCACCCGAAGCCGGAGUACUUCGGUCUGCUGGUCUAG